AUGGGUUUCAGGGUAGUCAUCGCUGGUGGCAGCGUUUCUGGCCUAACUCUGGCGAAUGCGCUAGAGAAGUUUAACAUCGACUACAUCCUGCUCGAAGCGUACCCCUCCAUCGCGCCUCAGGUUGGGGCAAGCAUUGGUAUGCUGCCCAAUGGCUUACGAAUUCUCGAUCAACUGGGAUGUUACGAGCCCGUGCGAAAUAUUUCCAACGAAUUCUACCUCAAGUCCUGUAUUAAUGGACCGGAUGGCAAGCCUCGCUCAAAGGGCUCCACCGCCGCAAUCCACCACAUGGAAAAGCGUAUCGGUUAUCCCUCCAUCUUUAUCGAUAGACAGAUGCUGCUUCAAGCUCUGUACGACAACUUGUUGCACAAGGACAGAGUUCUUACUAAGAAGAGAGUCACUAAAGUUGAUAUUGUCGAGGGAGGCGUUCAAGUUUUCACCGAAGACGGUGACUCGUUUGAGGGUGAUAUAAUAGUUGGCGCAGACGGCAUUCACAGCACUGUCCGAGACGAGAUGUGGCGCAUCGGACACCAACUGAGCCCGGGCUAUUUUCCACCUGACGAGCACUCAAGAGUCCCCGUCAGCACCAAGUGCAUUUUUGGAAUUUCCAAGCGGCCCAAGGGCAUGCCCGACCUAAGCCAACAGACAUGCGUGUACGCUGGACGAAGUUAUCUCAUCAUUCAUGCGCCAAUGAACCGCACGUAUUGGUUCUUGUUCAAGGCAGUCGAGAAGACCCUCCGUGGCAAGGACAUCCCGAAGUAUUCCAAGGAGCAAAUGGAAGACUUGGCACAAGAACAUGUUGACGAUAAGAUCUGUGAAGACGUCACAUUUGGCGCUCUCUACAGCAACCGCAUGAUGUCGACGUUGGUUCCCCUGGAGGAGUAUGUUUUUGAGAAAUGGCAUUACAAGCGGAUCGUCACCAUUGGAGAUGCUAGCCACAAGAUCGAUCCCUUGUCAGGCCAAGGAGGCAAUGGCGCCAUCGAGGCUGCGGCGCUCCUAGUCAACGCUCUCACCGACAUGCUCGAGAAGAAUCCCAAGCCAUCUGAAACAGAAGUCGAAUCCGCCCUGGCCCAAGUCCAUAUCAACCGCCACAAAAGAGCAGUGGAUCUCGUGUCACAGGCUCAUAAACUUCAGCUGAUUGCGACCGGCAGAUCUCCUGUCUCCAACCUCGUCACUGAUCACUUGAUGCCUCUUUUAGGCCCAGAAACCUUCCUCAAGAUUGUGACCCCCAUCGCAGCGGCUAGCCACCGCAUCAAAAGGCUUCCGAUGCCUAAGCGGUUCAGAAUCGUGCCUUUCAACGACGAGCUACCGGCGCAGCCUAUCACAAACAAAGCGGCGUACUGGGCGCCAUGGAUCGUGACUGUUGGCUCUCUGGCAGUAUUGCUGCAUCAAACUGCUCAGCCAUCGACUUGCACUGCGAUCGCCGAUUCUUUCAUGGCUCUCCAAGCGCUCCUACCCAGCCCUCAAGAUGGCCUUCAUGCAUCUCGCAAGUUGGUCGCAUCCGUCAUCAGUGCCGAGAACAACGUCGAGACUAUCCGACUUCAGGCCAACCUCUUCACCACCCUAGCUCUUUGGCUUGUCGAGGGCAAUCGCCACGGCAACCAGCUGGCUGUCAUCACCUGGCCCUCAGCAUGCGUCGUAGCCUAUACCGUCUUCGGCCCCAAAGCUCUGCUGCCCUCCCUGGGCCUCUCCACCCUCCUCCUCGGCUCCGGCAACAUUCCCGCUCGCCAUGUCCCGACCAACGUCGCAAAAUCCAUCCUUCCCGCCGUCCUCGCAGGCUAUGGCAUCCCGACCCUACUCGCUUCGCUACCAAUUCAUAACCCUCUGCUCCGACAGAGCGCCACCAUCGCCUGCAACUUUUCCCCGCUCAUCACCACUUGCUUGUCUAGAGUCUUUCCAUCCACCAUCCAGGCUAUCAAGAACCUCAUCAGCCCGCCCAAGCCCGGGGUCGAGAUCAGGGAAGAGGAUAAGGAAGCUUUCCACGACAUGUACAAGAAGACAGACGUCGCUCCGCUCAAAAGAACGUAUGCUUUCGCCGCCGGUAUCAGUGCCGUCGUGCACGUUGCCACUGCGCUUUAUAGCAUUGGCGAGACGCCCGCCGUUGGCUCAGGCGGGCUCUUUUCUGGAAGCAGCGCUCUGCUCGGCCUUACCUCGGCCGCUCUGUCCACAUACUUCACGUACGACAUGCGGUACCGCGGAUUCCUCACAACCAAGCAGUCAUUAGCGGCGGGAGCGGUCAACUUUGUCAACAAUAUCCUCCUCGGACCCGGUGCUGCUAUGUCGGUGUUCUUCUACUUCCGGGAACACGUUGUAUCUAACCUUGGCGACUGA